UCAUCGCUGGUAAAAAGUCAUCACUGGCUGAAAACUAGGUAUGGCAACGAACUCUAGAUGGAGUCUUGGAGGGAUGACGGCUCUUGUCACUGGUGGCUCUAAAGGCAUCGGGGAAGCUGUGGUGGAGGAACUGUCUAUGAUGGGAGCAAGAGUCCACACAUGUGCAAGAGACGAAACUCAGCUUCAAGAACGCUUACGUGAGUGGCAAGCAAAAGGGUUUCAUGUCACCACUUCUGUCUGCGACGUUUCUUCUCGUGAACAACGAGAGAAACUCAUGGAGACCGUUUCCACUCUCUUCCAAGGAAAACUCAAUAUCCUUGUCAACAAUGCCGGUACGUUCAUAGUCAAGCCGACCACAGAGUAUACAGCAGAAGAUUAUUCGUUUAUAAUGGCGACAAAUCUCGAGUCAGCUUUCCAUCUCUCGCAGCUCGCACACCCUUUGUUGAAAGCAUCUGGUUCAGGGAGCAUCGUGCUCAUGUCGUCCACUGCUGGAAUUGUGCAUAUCAAUAAUGUUGGAUCCAUUUAUGGAGCAACCAAAGGAGCCAUGAAUCAGCUGGCUAGAAACUUAGCUUGCGAAUGGGCGAGCGACAGCAUAAGGGCUAACGCUGUUUGCCCAUGGUUCAUCACAACUCCUUUGGUUAACGAUUGUCUCAAUGACAAAGAGUUUAAAAAAGAAGCGGAAAAGAGGACAGCGGUAGGGCGUAUUGGAGAGGCAAACGAAGUAUCACCGCUUGUGGCAUUUCUUUGUCUUCCUGCAGCUUCUUACAUUACAGGCCAAGCCAUCUGCGUUGACGGAGGUGUAACUAUCAACGGUUUCUCCUUCAAGCUUGUGCCAUAAAAACACAUAUAUGCAAGUGUUCGGAUUAUAUAUCAACCUACGUACGGGUUAUGGGUCUGUGCUGUCUUCUUGUUAAUUCUUGAAUAUUUAUGCAUAUGCUUUGUGAAAAACUGAUCGGGAGUCCAAUAUUCUGAAAUGCGUUGUCUAAAAUUUCGAA